AUGACAAAUAAACGAAUCACAAUCCAUGAUUUGUUGAAUAAUGAAGCUGGCGAAACAAAACAACAGCAAACUUCAGCACCAUCUGCUUCUGAUAAGGUAGCUCAGAUAGGAUCGGAUCAUGCCAGCUCAUCUGCUGUCACUAAUUCAGUACAACCUGGUCAAAACAAGUACAACCCACCGCAGCACGGUUCUGCAUCAUCGUAUUAUAACGCUAAUGUGUACUCUAAUGAUUCCGUCAAAAAUAAUGAUAGUAUUACUAAUAAUAAUACCUCUAAUAACAAUGUCACAGUUAAUACCACUCCGUUGAGUAGUAUACCCAGAAAUUAUUCCUUUGGUAACACUGGUGUUACUAAGAGCAGUUCCAUGACAACGUUGCCUUCAACAAAAAGACUAUUAUCAAAUACAAUUUCUGGUUCAAGUGGUUCAAGUGGUCCGAUUUUGCCAUUGCAUCUACCGACAGCAAACUCACAACCGCCUCAGCUACCUCAUUUCCAGCUAAAAUCUGAGUUGAACACUGGGAUAAGCGGAUUCUCACCACCUUCAUCGAUGGAUCGUACAGCUACAUCUCUACCAUCCAUUGGUGGAAUUCAAGGGCCAGGUGUAUUGCAACCGAUCAUUUCACCCCUGAGUACCUCUCCGAAAAUUGCCUUGAACCAUGUAUCGAAGCCACCAUUCUCGAUGCACACUCAUCGUCCACAUCCCUUGGCUGCACCGAUCCAGGAGCAUGGACAGAACCUGAUAAACAGUAGUACUGUUAGCGUAAGCCGUGGAACUGUAUCGCCCCAGCCUGGCGGAACAGCUUCACCACUUGCAACUGGUAGCAACCUUCAAUACAAGAUCAAUAAACCGCAGGGAAGACCAAUUAUCCAGUCAAUCAUUGGGAAGUUUACUUUAUAUGCUAAUAUUCAAGAUUUGAUCCUUGACAUCACCAGAUUUGAUAGAAUUAGACUUAGAGACGUGUUCAACGAAUCUCUUGGUCCGUUUGAAUUGAUUCGUUACUCUAAAGAGGAUCUACAAUUGCAUCACCAUAACCAAAAUGGAACAACCGGUCGUGCUACACCAGAUUCACCAAGUUCCUCACAUUCGAAUGUAUCAAUACAAAAGAACUUGGUUAUCAACGAAGCUCAAGUUUACGAUAAACUCAGACAAGAGUUCCAAUGCAAAUACUUGAAAUUCAUUAAAAUCAUUAGAGACAAGAAGGGUAAGCUGCUUCGUCUCGAAUCUGUAAUAAUACCAAACACAAAUGAAAUUACCAUUGAUUUCAUUAAAAAGAAAAUUUGUUAUCCGCGUUAUAAAUCUGAUAUGAAAAUCUAUUUGAUUAAGUGCGAUUCUCCAAAUGAGUUCCAAAAUAAGUUCAUUUACAUUCAUGAUAGUCAUAACCUCGAAGACGGGAAGAAAUUGGUCAAUAUUGACGAUUUAGACAAAGGUUUGGAACAAUUCAAAAAUUUGACUAUCUGGUGUAGAAAUGAAUGA